CGGAACACCGGCUGGAGACCUACGGGCCAUCCUGGUCAGCACGUUCUUCUGGACGCGGUUCCUCCUCCGGGCCGGUACUCGGCUCCCCGCCUCCCCCUCGGCCGGCGCCGGGUUGUUCACCAUCAGCCUCCGCAGCCUCUCGAUGCGCUGCGGGUCCGCCGCUCCCCUCGUCGCCUUCCGCUGCUUCUUCUCCACAUUCUCCGGCUUGGCUCGGCCCCGGCCGCCCUUCAGGAAGCUCUCGUACUCCGCCACGUUGUUGAAACACUUGAUGUUGGGGAAGGGGAGCCGCGGCGCGGCGGGGCAGUACAGAGCCAGCAGCGGGUCGAAGCUGUCGGAGCACACGUUAGUGUCUCCAUCACCACCGGGGUUUGCAGCUGCAGCCGGAUCCUGCUGCGGGCGGGAUGUUGCAGCUUCUUUACUUUCGGAGUUGACACUUGUUCGUUCUCUCUCCUCCAUGUUUGAACAGACCGCAGAUGACGCGAGGAAUCCUGGGAAAUGUGUCCUCGACUUUUUUUCUUCUUCUUUAUUGAAAACAACAUAGAACAGUAAUUAAACAUCUUCUGGAGGAGCCUCUUGAUGCUGAUCGGACGAGUCUGCAGAUUUGGUGGACUUAAGUCCUAUUUUGUCUUACCGUCUUCGCGACCUUUUGUCACUUCCAAAAGCAACAUGGCAAAAAGCAAGUUUGAGUACGUCCGCGCCUUCGAGGCAGACGACACUUGUCUGCGAAACUGCUACAUUGUUGUCAGACUGGAUGGUCGCAACUUCCACAAGUUUGCUGAGCAGCACAAGUUUACUAAACCCAAUGACAACAGGGCGUUGGGGCUGAUGGCCCGCAGUGCCAGAUCUGUCAUGGAAGAACUGGAGGAUAUUGUCGUUGCUUACGGUCAAAGUGAUGAAUUCAGUUUUGUUUUCAAGAGGACCUCCACCUGGUUUAAAAGAAGAUCCAGUAAGCUCAUGACUCACGUGGCCUCCCAGUUCUCCUCCUCAUACGUGUUUUACUGGAAGGACUUUUUUGAAGAGCAGCCUCUCCUGUACCCUCCAGGGUUUGAUGGACGUGUGGUCCUAUAUCCCACCAACCGUAACCUCAGAGAUUACCUCAGCUGGAGACAAGCAGACUGUCACGUAAAUAAUUUAUACAACACCGUAUUUUGGAGUUUAGUACAAAAAGGGGGACUCACCACGACACAGGCAGAGGAUCGCUUAAAGGGAACGUUGGCUGCUGAUAAAAAUGAGAUCCUCUUCUCAGAGUUUAACAUUAACUACAACACUGAAUCUGCUCUCCACCGGAAAGGCACAACCCUCAUCUGGGAGAAGCGAGAUGAGACCAUCACCAAGCGGCUGAAGCAACCGAACGAAGAAGAGAAGGAGGUGCCGGUUACCCGGAGCAGGAGGAGAGUGCAGCCCUACCACUGUGACAUCAUAGGGGACCAGUUCUGGGAGGAACACCCACAAAUCCUGGAGGAUGACAACUGUUAACAGCUCCUAGCCUCUUAAAGGAGCAGAACCCUGAACCGCUUUCACCGUCGCAGCUGAAGUCGUUGAUUUUACUGACUCGAGACGUUUUUAAGACCACCAAAAAGGAUUGACUUAACUUUGUGAUCUUAUUCUCUCACAUCUGAUACGUAUUUUUUACUUUCGUUCAUUAAAUUCUC